ACUAGUUCCCUGUCAGAAACUGGGCGGCCUAACAACGCCGGACCAGGCCCGGGCCCACUGCGACUUCCUUUGCUUAAUCCGUCUUUCGUGUCUGUCUUUCUUCACCCCCCUCAUCUCAUCCUCCGCCUUCCCCUCCAACUGUCAAAUCUCACAUUCUUUGUUCUACCCCCUGUCACUUUGCUGCAUCUCUGGAGUUGGUUUUUAAUACAUUCCAUCCCUCGAUAACUUCGAUUUUCCAUCAACAAGCUGUUUCGAACUCGUUAAUCCACGGCUGGGUCCGGUCCUGGUUUAAGGUGCAUACCUGGUUGCUGCUAUCGAUCGAUUUUCUGUCCAUACACUCUCCCUGCUGGAUUGGUCGAGGAUAAUACGAGCGAGGAUACGAAGAAAUCCUCAUACUAUCACCAUAUCUAUCAUUGAAGCUAUACAUUCCACCCCGAUCCCUGAAUCAAUACAACCAAAUGCGCCCAUAUGCCGUCGUGGUCCGCACGUAAUCAGUCCCAACCUGCAACGACAACACCCCCUACUCGUCCGAUCGCUACCACCUCCAGCUCCUUUCCAUUACCGGAGAGGAGCGCGCCUCGUUUGAUUCCGCAAAAUGGCACUCCUGGCGUUCCGCCGGUGAACUCACCACCUUCUCGACAUCAAGGGCACACCCGAUCGAUCAGCCAUCCGUUUCCUUCGCCCUUUGGCAAGAGGCGUAAUCGAUCGAUUUCGACACGGGAGUUUUUGGAUUCCGACGACGACGAUGACGAGGUCACUUUUACGCCCGCCCCGCUUCCUACGAGUCCGAAGGGGAAACCGUUGCCUCGUCUGCCGCCGGGUGAGGAGUUGGUGACUGGGAAGUGUAUGACGUGUAGCUCGACGGUGCGGUGGCCAAGGAAUCUCAACGUGUUUAGGUGUACCGAGUGUCUUACUGUCAAUGAUUUGGAGCCGUAUAAGGAUUCGAAUGACCCUGCCGGUCAUGGUCAUCCGGUUAAGGAGGCGACACCGCCUGCCCCGACAAUUCCUAGGAAAGCAAUGCCUAUAUCGGUUAAACGGACCAGAGCUUUGAUCGAUGGAUGUGUCUCGAGUUAUCUCCGAAAUCUGUUGGACGCCCCAGCACCGCGAGUAAGCCCGAAUCGAAACCAAAAUGGCAACCAUGUUGCAGUGGGGAAUCCGUCGAAAUCACCAAACCAAACCUCCGGGUAUUUGUCUGACCCACGGCCACCGAUGGAUCCACGCAGUCGCAGUUCGUCUGCGUCUACACCUAGGAAGCCGGAGGUGAUGAGUGGAAGCCCGAAUAAACCGUUGCCCUAUCUUACUCCAGUUCCUCAUGGUGAAGGACAGAUGCGAAUUCGCUCAAAUUCCGCCCAUAAUGCGCCGAACGGUGAUCGCCUGCCUCGUGAAGCUACUCGACAACCAGACCCGGGGGCCAAGGACAAACUUGGUCGUCCUCCAAUAUUCAAAGCAUUGGAGGAAUAUAUAAUAUCUUCGUUCAGAGGCUGUGAUUGUCUUAAUAACUCUUUCACAACGGCACAAUUUUCUCCUCCUGCCAGUGAAAACAGCCCGCCGACAAACUCUCAAAACAGCACUGCCACUAGCAUGGUAUCUGAUUCGUCCCAAGCAGCGAUAUUCGAACCCGAUGCUAAAACACUUCUUAUUGGGGACAUUGCUGAGAAUUCAACAUUCUGGAUGAAUGAUUGGACUCAAAGUAACGGUCUUCGCCAUGCUCCAUCGAAAGAGAAGCUUUCUAGUUCGUCUAGGCCUGUUACUUCUAGGAGUCCUCGAAUCAACUGGGCUGAAAUGGUCCAAUGGUAUCAACUGGUACUGACGGCAGGGACUUCAUGGGUUGAGCAAUGGACGGGCAUGGAGCCGCUUGAUAUAGCCAAUGAAGAGGAUUCUUUGAAAAGCAAGAGGUGGCAUUCUAUUAAUAUGUCUGUGAUAGAAAGGGAAAUCACGGAUGCACGUUUACACGUGCAUAGAACACUCCUCAAAGCCACGGAAAAUCUUUUGAAGCGACCACGGCGGCCUCUCAAAAAGCCGGAGGAGGUCAGGUUCCUCUUGAUUCUUUUGGCGAAUCCUUUAAUAUACCCAUCUAGCCCACAUUCAAAGGCGCACGCUGCAGCCUCUGCAGCCAGGGAUGAGAGAAGACCUUCUCAUCCAAGGGAUGGCCAUAAAUUAGCACCCGGUGAUGCUAAACCUUCUUCUCGAAGAGAACUAUCGUCUAGUAGUCGGACUGGGGGCUCAGGCCAUCACUCUGGGAUUAUCAAGCGAAUUCUAGGCCUUUUGGCCAACUUGUCGAAUGAUUGUCAUCACUACCUCGUUUCUUGGUUUUCACGUUUCUCCGUCGGACAAUUUGAGAAGAUUGUCGAUCUUGUUGGUAGCUUCGUUACCUAUCGACUCACCCGUCAACAUGGCCGGAAGCGCAGUGCGUCCACCAAGAAUGAGGAUGAUAGCCUGGUCCCAAGUUUCUCCAGCGCUGCUGGCCAUACGCCAGCAGAAUUUCACGCUGCUAUCAAUGGAAGAAGUUCCAACAAGCCGGCAAAGGACAAACAGGACAAGCCGGUGGUCUACGGAGAAGAUUGGCAGGUUCGGGUGGCGGCCCGAGUUAUGUCUUUAUUAUUCACGGCCAAUAAUGCGAAUGUUUCUCGGAAAUCGGAUAGUGUUCCUGGUCAAGAGGCGGGCCCUGCGACCAAACACCCCGGAGGUCGUCGGGGCCAUCUGAUUCCAAUCAGCUCAUUUUACAACACGUUGCUGGACUACUCCGACCUGGUCGCGGACUUUGAGGCCUGGGAGUCAAAAGCGAGCAAGUUCUCGUUCUGUCAAUAUCCAUUCUUUCUCAGCAUCUGGGCGAAGAUUCAUGUUCUGGAGCAUGACGCUCGCCGUCAGAUGGAAGUCAAAGCCCGGGAAGCCUUUUUUAACAGUAUUCUUAGCCGAAAGGCCAUCAGUCAGUAUCUCGUGUUGAAAGUUCGACGAGAUUGUUUGGUCGAGGACAGCCUUCGGGGCGUCAGUGAAGUGGUGGGUUCUAGCCAAGAGGAGAUCAAGAAGGGACUACGCAUUGAGUUUCUUGGUGAAGAGGGUGUCGAUGCAGGCGGUCUUCGCAAGGAAUGGUUCCUGUUGCUUGUGCGAGAGGUGUUUGAUCCCCAUCAUGGUCUCUUUCUCUACGACGAGGACUCCCAGUACUGCUAUUUCAACCCCUUCUGCUUUGAAUCAUCCGAGCAGUUCUUUCUGGUUGGGACUUUACUAGGACUAGCGAUCUAUAACUCCACAAUCCUUGACAUCGCGCUUCCGCCAUUUGCUUUUAAGAAGCUUUUGGCUGCCGCACCGCAGUCGAAUGGACCGCAGACGUCGACGUCCAGGUCAUCGUUUAAGUGUACAUUAGACGAUCUUGCUGAGUAUCGACCGGUGCUUGCCAAGGGUCUCCGGGGUCUACUAGACUUUGAGGGAGAUGUUACGGAGACGUUUUGCUAUGACUUUGUCGCGCAGGUGGAUCGCUACGGCGAGGUGAUUGAGGUGCCUCUCUGCCCAGGAGGCGAGAAGAGACCAGUGACGAACUCGAACCGGCGGGAAUUCGUGGAUCUCUAUAUUCAGUAUUUGUUGGACACCGCUGUUACUCGGCAGUUUGAGCCCUUCAAGCGUGGGUUCUUCUCGGUGGUUGGCGGCAAUGCGCUAUCCCUAUUCCGACCUGAGGAGAUAGAAUUACUGGUUCGCGGCUCGGACGAUGCGCUGGAUGUUGCCUCGCUGCGGGCGGUUGCGACGUAUGACAACUGGUCGGUGGCUCGACCAGAGUCGGUACCGGUUGUGAAAUGGUUCUGGGAAUUCUUUGAGCAAACCAACCCGCAAGCCCAGCGCAAGAUUCUGUCAUUCAUCACGGGAAGUGACCGGAUUCCCGCCAUGGGAGCAACCAGCCUGAUGAUCCGCCUAGCGUGUCUCGGAGACGAUUCGUCACGGUACCCUACUGCACGAACGUGCUUCAAUACUCUGGGAUUGUAUCGAUAUGAUCGGAAGGAGAAGCUGGAGCGGAAGCUCUGGGAUGCGGUGAUCAAUAGUGAGGGAUUCGGGCUGAAGUAAAGCGUGGGGGUAAUUGGGGGCAGGUCUCCCAGAGUGUAACAUUUCCCACGAUGCCUGAUGCCGAUAUUUGUAAGAGGCUGUAUGUUAUCUACCAGGCUUGGCAGUGUGAUGCUGUGUUUUGUCAGUGUUUGUAUCUUUGCUUUUGGGAAGGGGGCGGAGGUCUUUGAUUUGCGAAUUGCUGUGGAGUUAUGGAUCAUUCUGGAAGGGAAUGGCGAUCAUCUAUCUGAAUCCGAAUUGCCAGAUAACAGUGUUAACUCUGAAGUGGAAGAUAGAAUCGACUGCUUUGAAUAAUUCUUAAUUGCUGAUUCAAAAUAUUUGGUCACCGUAAAUGUGAAGUUUGAAUUGACUGGAUGGAAGAGGGGAAGGAGAUAAUGCAGACUGCAGGUGAGAAAUAAAAAAAGCAAAGAAAAGAGAAGAAAGAAAAAGAAGUCAUUUCGAC